AUUAUAUUUUGGUUACUAUACUACAUGCGUCGGGCCGUGGGGUUUCAUAACAAAAGUCAUUCGAAUGAAUUUUGUAAAAUUAAUUCACCAAAAUCGUAUAAUACAACGAUCUACAUUGCCUUUAUUUAAAGCGCAAUGUUAUGUUUUGAAUUCGUUAGCUGACAAAAGAUUUAUGAAUGAAUUGAUAACAACAGUUCCCGCAAGACUGUGCAGUAACUUUAAUGCAAACAUUUCACAAUCAGAAGAAAAUGCUGGAUUCAUUAAAAGAUUAUUGAAGAAAAUAAGUGGCGCUGAAGAAUCAAGGCCGCGUUUAAAAGUAAGUGGUUAUAUUUUGUAUGAGAAUGUUGCUGACAAAUUAAACUAUAUAGAGUUUUUUGAAACAUUUAACUUACCAAACACUUUUAACUCGUGGUUUAUUGUGACUGAAUUACACAUUUGGAUGCUUCUAUUGAGAGCGAUGGCGGAAGGUUCAGAAACGGGACAAGAUGGAAGAUUUUUACGUAAUACUAUAGUUGAAGCAAUGUGGGCAGACGUUAAUGCGAGAGCGAAAAAAUUAGGAGCUCACAAUCCAUCCGGAACUCGUGCCCAAAUUGAAAUGUUAUCAGAACAAUUUCAAGCUGCAUUGAUUGCCUAUGAUGAAGGCAUCCAAUCGAGUGAUAUAGUUCUAGCAUCUGCGUUAUGGAGAAGAUUCUUUGAACAGAAAUGUGACGAUUAUACGCGUUUAGAAAAAUUGGUAAACUAUGUUAGAAAACAAGUUUCAAUGCUAGAGAAUUUAAAUAAAUUGAAUUUCAUGUUUAAACCCAAAAUAGAAUGGAUUCCCUUAAAAGAUAUUUAAAAAAAAUGUGCUAUUUAUUUUUUUUAAUAGUUUUACAUAGUUUUGUAUAAAAUAUAAUUCAAUUAUUGUUUUCUAUGUAAAUUAUAAUUUGCACCUUUAUGUUCAUAAAGUGGGUACCUAGUUACCUACGUUUAUUUCAAAUUAUUUUAUAAAAGAAAAAGUAAUAAAAUAGUUUAGUUGC